CGUUGCCAGCCUCGCACCGCUCCACCCUCCAUUGGGCCCCCUCCCUGCUGCUGUGACUGGCCCGCUUGCCUUGUGCAACUCUCGGAUCCAUCAGCCAUGGCUACCGCCGCCUCCCGCGCCAGUCGCAUCCGGAGGCGCAUUUCCUAUCGCGAACCCAGCUCUGACGACGACGACGAUGAGGAUGUCUUAGCCCUCUCCCCCGUUCGCCCAACACCCGCCAGCAGUGCGCGCAAGCGGAAACGCCUCAACCCCCCACAGGAUUCGCUUCCCCAACCUCGAAGGAGCACGGCGCGCCCGCACAAGGCCACUUCCUACAAAGAACCCAGCUCCGACGAGGAUCCUGCAGAAGACACGGAAAGCGACGGUCCGCCACCUUCGCCACGCCGUAGGGGCAGCCAUGGCUUGCUGUCCGCCAGUCCCGAAGUCGCAACCAAACUCCGGCGCCUUCCCCCCACAUCAUACCAACUGCCUAGCUCGGACACACUGCUAGAACUUCGGGACGAUGGCGACGACAACGGUGAAUCCGUGCAAGAAGGAUCGCGACCGCUAAGGCCCAGGCGAGCUACGGCAUCCCGGAUGCAAAGCUCGCAAACGGCGGCACGGCUGCGGCGUGAGCCAGCGCCCACCAUUGAAGAGGUCAGCUCUGAGGACCACAGUGAUGCGCAAACCUCCGAAGAGGAUCGGGCUGCAAAACGCAGGGGUAAACGUACCCGUCUUCCUCGAAGAAUCACAAGAUCCACAGCAAAACGGAUCGGACACCCUCGAGCGAGAAGGGCGAAGCACAUUGAAGGCAAGUCUCCACAGGCAAAAGCCCCUAUACCUUUGGAAAGCGAUGGCGUGAUACCGCCUUGGGCAAGCCUGCCAUAUGAGGUUUUGCUGCAAAUCUUCACCUACGCUUGCUACCCCCUGCACGAUGACGACUUCAAUGCCACGUCGACCAUUGCAUGGCUUCUCCAAGCUGCGCGGAUAUGCAAAACUUUUGUUGAACCGGCAUUGACGGCACUAUACCGUUCGCCGCCAUUGGUUUCCAUCGACAAACCCCAUAAACUUACGGAGCUCCUCGCAGAUACAGCCAGUGCUCGGGUUAUCAACUAUAACGUUAAGAUUCGACGAUUGGAGUUCGAUGUGAUCAGGACCCUUGCUUAUACUUAUCCCGGCAAAGGUCAGUUCGAGCUGGCAGAUUUAAUACCACACGUACCACAACUCACAGAGUUGUCCAUUGUCCACCCGCAAGACCGGCCUCCGUUUCGCCCAUAUAGUAGGUCUGGAAGGUGGCAUUACAGCCAGUCUUUAUUUGCAGCUUUACAAGAAAGCAGCAUUCGCUUGAAAGCAUGGACCUGGAAUUCCAAUCUCUGUUCUGCGGACCAAACUCACCUUUGGAUGGGCAGUAUCCACCAGUUGGACGCUUUCCAACGUCUUGAACAUGUCAGUCUACUGAACUACUCGCCGAAGCCAGAGACGCUUGUUGAAGGCGAGCGCACUAGCCGGCAAAUACUCGCCGACAAUCUUGUCCUUCUUUCGCGUCUCAAGAGUUUGAGCUUUGAAUCCUGCCAGAUCCUCGAUGCCGAGUUUCUUCCAUUACUCAAAGAAGGUCUCGAGAGCCUCACGAUCACUAAUUGUCACAAUGUUACGUCAGAAAUCCUUCAGUCGUUUCUGGUUAGCCAUGGAAGUCAUAUGAAAGAACUGGUUCUUAAUCAUAACCAAAGUCUGGAUAUUUCUUUCCUCCCCGACCUAAGAAGAGCUUGCCCUCGGCUUGAGGUGCUCAGGAUGGAUCUCAACUACUACGACUCCCACGCGUCUUUUCGCGAUUCAGAUCCGAAGUAUGUGGAUCUGUUGAAAGAAGAGGAGACCCCUCGUUGGCCUACGACGUUGCAAACACUUGAAAUGGUACAGCUCAGGAAGUGGACAUCAGGUGCAGCUGAGUCGUUCUUUGCUUCUCUGCUGGACUCAGCAGAUGAGCUCCCUGACUUGCGCAGAUUAGUGCUCAAAGCAAUCCUCAACAUUGGAUGGCGAGACCGUGCUGGUUUCAGGGAUCAAUGGAUUGGCAGACUGCAAAGGGUUUUCCUUAGAAAGUCUACAUCUCCAGACCCAAACCUUAUGUCGGGCAAGCGCUUUAGGAUGUGGAAAGAUUCUUUCUUGCCAAUUACGCCAGAAUCGGGCGAUCGACCAAAAUCGGCGAAGAGACUCAGCCACGUUCAAAUCACGCCAAAGGACGCGAGAGCGGCUCACAACACGGACGAUGAUGGUGAUUCCGGACCCGCUCGCCACCUCCGACCUAGGAGACGGGCUGCAACCUCCGAUGAUAAUAGCGAUGAGCAUGAAACCUCGGAGGAAGGCAACGUUGACGAAAAACAUUGGAGAAACAUUAAAGAGAAACACAUCCAAGGCAUGUGUGAGGUCGUCGACAUCCGUAUCGACAACCUACGCCCGAGAGAGGAGCAGUUCAACGAGAACGAUUUCCUUGAUUCCGAGGUUAGCGGCGAUGAGGAUUGGAACGGAGAAGACGAUAUUCCCGGCAAUGAGGGGUAUGCCUGGUAAACAGUAUGAAUAUGCACUGCUCAACAUUGGUUUUGCUGGAUGGGGGCGGAUCGGAUGGGAAUGGAUGGACUGGUUAUUAGCAGGAUACCCCCGGGAUUAAAGGGGCGUUUUCAAGGUGUUUUUACCUUUUCCUAUGAUUUACAGAACAUUUUAAGGCAUACGAAUGCUUUCGAUAUCG